AUGCUCGAUGAGAUGCGGGAGCAGGACGAUCCUCCCGAGGCCGACCCUCCGCCGGUCCUCGAAUCGGCGCCAAGGAUCGAGAAAGAAUACAAAGUCGCGUGGCCGGUGAAGCUCAACCUGGGUGAAGGGUUCGGUGGCCUGAUCACCGCGGAUCCGCCUCCCGACUCUUGGAUUCAGAAGGGAGACACGCUGCGCUCAAUCGAAUCCGGAGCCAAGAAUGGCCGAAAUUGCCCACCAUAUUUAUACGUCUUUGUGACCAGCCGAAACAUCGGCCCAAUCGAGGAACGGAAGAUGAACACCUGGAACCUGGACGUGCUGAUGUACGCCGUCAAGGGAGUCUGCCUCGGCUGUCCCUCCACCGAAAUCCAUCGGACCAGCGGGAUGAUCAGGAUGUGCAGGCGUUGUUAUGACGCCCUCAAAGACUGGACCGGACAGCGUCAUCUGUGCUCCGACGACACGGCCACACCCAUGCGACACGCCGACAACAAGAAGCAGAUCUUGGCCGAAUUUCAAGGCGCUCGCUGCCUGCAAUGCCUGGGAACGAGGGCCGCAGCCCUCGGAUGGGACCCGAAAAACCCGAUGGUCCGCAAGCUCCUCCGCAUCCACGCCCAUCCGAGCCCCGAUAACCCGAUC